AUGAGUGACAAUUUUGAAGUAGUGACCAGGGUCAUCACAUUCUUCUUUCCCUAUGAUUCGAAAGUGGAAGAAUACCAAAACGAAGACUGGUACCCGGGAGAUCCUCGUGACUACUCGCAGGGUCAUCCAAAUGGUCAUGAAAUGUGGGGACACGGGCAGAUUGGGUGGUGGCAGAAGGAUAACGAUGGAUGGCAUUGGCAUUGGGAUGAUGCGGAGAAUUUGGGUGGAGUCACUGGGUCAUCAGGCGUGGUUUCAACUACCAUAAGAUCGCCAAUGGCAACGACCUCCUCCUCUUCCUCAUCUGACUCGAUGGAAACCUACAGCGACACGCUGCUCUCUGUGGUCCUUGCCUUCUACGCUCUGCUCCUUUUAAUUGCAUUCGCCUCCAAUAUCCUUCUUGCAAACGUGAUUAAAAAGUAUCGCUGGGGAAUGAAAAUGGCGCUGCUCUUUCAUCUAUGCGUGACUGGUGCUCUGUUGUGUGUGACCAACUCGUUGCACCUGCUCGCCAGUGGAUAUCAUUUGUUGAAGAGGCAGAAGAACUCCUCCGUCGUCCUCCAAGCCUUUGCAAUCAUCGCCUGGAUCGAUCAUCUCAUCGGUUUCUCUCUACUCAUCUUCGUCAUGUACCUAGCCAUCUUCUGUUUCAAAUUCUACUGGAACAACAAGAAUCGAAGUGUCGAAUGGGGUCGUUCCUAUGUUCUCUACGCCGUCAUCUCCACUUGGAUCAUUGCUUUUCUCAUUGCCGGAUUCACUGCCUUCUUCCAAUGCGAUUCUCAUAUCAACACAUCCAACCAAUGCAUCAAUAUCGUUUGUGCUGUCUCCAACAUCUUCUCAGCAAUCUUCACUGAGCUGUUGACCCGCGUCCGAAUUGUGAUUCCAAUAAUUAUCAUCCUCUGCAUCUUGUUAUCUGUUCGUGUUGGAUCCUCAACUGUCCGGCGAGAGAGUAUGGUGAAAGUGGAGGGUGCAGACAUUCAUGGAGACCGGGAACUAUUGCUCAUGUGUUCAAUGGUUUUCGGAAUCUACGAGCUCUCCAUAAUGAUACCCCAAUUGCUCAUCUUCUUCUGCAUCUCGCCUCUUCUCUCCAUUGCCGCGUGGCACUUCGGUGUCCUCCUCUCCACGCUCGCCACCCCCAUCGCAGUGAUCUCAAUCAGUCGAAACACAAGAGAUAGAAUGUGGCUCUUGUACUCCUGUCAAUCUGGAAAAGGAAGAAAUGCACCACAAGGAAGUUAUGCUCACACCGCGAAGAAAUACCAUGAGAGUGUGGAGAAUGCGGAGAAUACAAAACGACGGGCUUCAGCGAUCUCGUUCUUCAGUCAGGAGUCUUCGUCGAUCACUUCUUUAGAUCCUCAUCGGAAGUUGUCGAUGAUUGUUGAGGAGCCGGCGGGAAAGUUCGAGAAGCUGGAAGCAGCGCCGGAGGCUCAACAUCAUCAUGUUCCGGAGCCUGUGUUUUCAAAAGCUCCAAAGCUUAAGAAUGUUGUUAGAGUCCAAUCCGCCGACCAAGCUGUCCGUAACUCAGUCGACUACGACUUGUCCAAACGCCGAAUGUCCCACUAUGACAUGCCGCAAGUCGGCGAUACAGAUCGUCUAGCCAACAUGGUUGCAGAUAAAACGAAACGAUUUAGUUUGGGAGGAGGACGCCCAACAGUCAAUAUGAACCUUCCUAAUCACAUUUUUGUACACCAUAUACAUCAUGAAAAUAAUAAGAUUCGGCCAAUGGUAAUCGGUGCGAGUCCGAUGAUCAGUAUGGUGGAGUAG